AUGCCGUACUACGGAAUCCCCAACUCGGGCGGCGUCAACCUCGUGGGCCACGGUUACCAAGGUCCAGAUCACUAUGGCCUCAACGACGUCACGAUCCGCGCGGUGCCCCAGUCCCGAGUCCACGCCACGCCCCUCCCAGCCUCGGAGUUGGCAAAAGGUCAAACGCGUUUCAAUUCGUUCCACUUCGACGGUUCCAUCUACGGGGCCUACCCUUCGCGGGUCACCGCUUUCCGCUGCGUCAAAGCACCCCGCGGACCCCCCUUGACGAUCCGCUGGGACGACGGCACGGGUCGCACGAUGCAAUGCCAACCGGGUGGAACUGCCUUCUUCAGCGGCGAACAGCUCUACGGUUUACUUCCCGACGACGAAAAGGACCUGGUCGACAAUAGUUAUUGGGAACCGGGGCCUCACCCGUUCGCGUGGAUGGGUACACGCAGGCUGCGGUCUUCGGGCAUGGGUCUGGCACCUGGAGGUGAGACCGUCCCUCUCGAAGAUCUACCAGAGUGGUCCCCGGACAAGGUCUACAAGUUCCCCAUGGUUUGGGUGAACCCCGUGACGGGCGCAAAGGCACUCCAGAUUUUCCCCGACAUCAUUCGUAAAUUGUACAUCAAGACCACCGUGCCACUUGCAUCUGAAAAGGUGGUUGAAAAUCUCGAAGAAAUCAGAGUCUGGGUCAACGACAUCUACGACAGGAUCGCCACGCCAGAAUACAUCAUCGUCCCGGAGUGUGAGGAGGGUGACUUGAUUUUGUGGAACAACUGGGGAGUUCAACAUAGCGCCAUCGAAUAUCCUGAUAGUUAUGGCAGCAGAUCGAGUACGUCUUUGUCCACUCUCCUCCCUCUCCGUUCUUGGUCCUUUGGCAAGAAAGCUAAUCAGAACGACUUGUAG